AGGGAACGGACUUUUUCAAAGUUUAAAUUAGAGAACAUUGUAAACAUAAUUAGCUUAGUUUUAGUUACUGAAAAGGAGAUCAAACAGUGGUAUAAAGGCUUUGUACGAGACUGUCCAAAUGGCAUGCUUACUGAAGCUGGUUUCCAAAAGAUCUACAAACAGUUUUUUCCGCAAGGCGAUCCGUCUGAUUUCGCGUCGUUUGUUUUUAAAGUGUUUGACGAAAAUAAGGACGGGGCGAUCGAAUUCCACGAAUUUAUCCGAGCUUUGUCGAUUACAUCCCGAGGGAAUCUUGAUGAGAAAUUGCAUUGGGCGUUUAAGCUCUACGAUCUCGAUAAUGAUGGUUUCAUUACGCGUGAUGAGAUGCUCUCCAUUGUCGAUUCCAUCUACAAGAUGGUUGGCUCAAGUGUGAAAAUUCCAGAUGAGGAAAGUACACCAGAAAAAAGAGUGGAUCGGAUAUUUCGUAUGAUGGACAAGAAUAAUGACGCACAAUUAACACUAGAGGAAUUCAAAGAAGGAGCAAAAGCAGAUCCAUCGAUUGUUCAUGCGUUAUCGUUGUAUGAAGGACUAUCAUCAUAA